GAGGCAACAGUCAAGGUGAACAUCUGUGAGUUUCUCCAAAGCGGUUACCAUCGGUAAACAGCAAAUUUGACAUCCUCGUGAUCCUGGUGUGCGUGCGCCAUCCUCGAGGAAAUUGCUAGUGACUGUUCGAGUGUUGUUGCAGCUAAGGUCAUCAGAGAGGCCAACCAUCCUCUUCAGUGUCAGGCAGCCAGGCUAACCGUCCUGUUCAGUGUCAGGCAGAUUGAAUUAUGUUUGGGAACAACACUCUGGCUCGACGCCGACGAAGCCGAGAGGGAAGAAGGAACACUGGAGUAGCAGGAGAGUCCAGACUGACGAGAGGUCCUGUCGACCAAUACGGGUGUGUGAGGUGGUGCCCAGCAGAGUUACCAGAGGGGGAGACCGAGGCAACGUUGGAGGAUUCGAAAAGGGAUCUGCGGAAGAUCUACUCAGAGGAAGGGAUGGGUGGGGCAGAGAGAGCAGAACCUCUGAUGAGAGGCCUUUUCUCCCACUUUGGCAUCCUGACGGACGUCAACAUACUUCAGAAGCUCCAAGAGGCCCUGGGUCAGAGAGGACAGACCAUCCUGCAUUUCUGUCAGAAACUGGACAACCCGAAGAUCAGGGAAUUUCUGGCCAGCUAUGAUCCAGAGGGUUCGGAGAAGGCUGCCUGCAUUCUCCAGCUCCUUAUGGUCUACUUUAAGGAGCCUACGGAGAAACUGAUGCUCGAAGUUGAUACCUGUGCCACUGCUGCUGAUGUAGUGAAUACUGCAGCACUCCCAAGCACCCCCUGCUUGAUCAUUCAAGGUGACACAAUGAAGCCUUCUGGGUGGAUGCUAUCCAUCGAGGGACAAGUGGUAAUGGGCCCACACCCAUUCUUUUUGCAUGGGGUAGCUGCUUUAUUCAGCAGCUACUAUGUCUUCAACCUCAAAUAUCCCGUUGGAUCAUGCACACUGGAGUUCAUCCAAAGGUGCUUCUUGGGCAUCAACCCGGAGAAAGGCUCCAAGGCAAAGAAGCGAAGCUCCAUUAACCCUCACGUGAGCACCCUUCACCGGAAGCUGAUAGACUUGGAAUGGUCUGCAUAG